GGGCUCCAGUAAGGAAGGCGUGUGAAGGCUACUUUCCUUAUAAAUCAAUCAAUUAAAAGCACUGACCAGACUCACUACCAAUGGGAAGAUGACAACCCACUUCUUAGCUUUCCAUCUUAUCCUGCUCUUCAUCCCUAGCCAAUGGCUAUCUGCCGCGUCACCCGCCGGCGCGCCAGCCAUUCAACUACCCGAAUCGGCCGUCACCGUCCGCGACUACGGAGCCGCCGGUGACGGCUUCCACUACGACACCGGGCCCAUCCAGGCCGCCAUCGACGCUUGCUCCUCCUCGGCCGCCCUCUCCGGCGGCAUAUGCCGAGUGGUCUUUCCUCCUGGGAGGUACCUCACGGCGACGGUGUUCCUGCGAUCGGGCGUGGUUUUGGAGGUGAAAAGAGGGGCGAAGAUAUUGGGGGGGACGAGGCGGGAGGACUACCCGGCGGAGGCGAGGCUGUGGUACGUGGUGGUGGCGGAGGAGGCGGCGGAGUUGGGGAUAACGGGCGGAGGGGAGAUCGACGGGCAGGGGCUGGAGUUCGUGGAGAGGUUCGAUGAGAGGAAAAACGUGAUGGUGAGUUGGAACCGGACGGGGGCGUGUUUGGGAGACGAGUGUAGGCCCCGGCUGGUUGGUUUCAUUGGCUGCCGGAACGUUCGUCUCUCCGGCAUCCGCUUCGUUCAGCCUGCCUACUGGUGCUUGCACAUAGUAAGGUGUGAGAACACAUCCAUUGAAGAUGUCUCAAUCCAUGGAGAUUUCAACACACCCAACAAUGAUGGCAUAGACAUAGAGGACUCAAACAAUACACUCAUCACAAGAUGCAACAUAAACACAGGAGAUGAUGCAAUCUGUCCCAAGACUUACAAUUCCCCUCUCUACAACCUCACUGCAACAGACUGCUGGAUCCGAACCAAAUCCUCGGCCAUCAAGCUCGGCAGCGCUAGCUGGUUCGAGUUCAAGGGCCUGGUGUUCGAUAACAUCACCAUUGUCGACUCCCAUCGUGGCCUUGGAAUGCAGAUACGCGAUGGAGGAAAUGUGAGUGAUGUUACCUUCACAAACAUUGACAUCAGAACAAGAUACUACGAUCCCUCCUGGUGGGGCAGAGCCGAGCCGAUCUACCUGACAACCUGCCCCAGAGACAGCAACUCAAAAGCAGGGUCAAUCUCCAACGUGCAGUUCAUCAACAUCACAGCAACAUCUGAAAAUGGAGUCUUCCUGUCAGGCUCUCAGGGGGCGACCUUGAGCAAUCUGAAGUUCCUGAAUGUCAAUCUGAGUUACAGAAGAUGGACAAACUACGCCGCCGGAAUGGUCGACUACCGGCCGGGAUGUCAGGGGCUCGUAAACCACAACACGUCGGGGAUGAUGAUGGAGCAUGUGGAAGGGCUGGAACUCGAAAAUGUGGACAUGAGAUGGUCGGGAGCGCCGUGGAACAAUCCUCUGGACUUGAGGCCUUCAACUGUGAAUAACAUUUCUUUCCUCAACUUCCACUCAAGCCUAUUUGCAUUGUAGAGGGUGUUGUCGAUUACGAAUACGGUUUGGUAUUGCUGUGAAAUUUUUACCGUUACAAGAAUCUCUUUUUUGUAACGUGUCAAUUAUUUGGAGCGUCUCUUUUACUACUAUAAUUUUAUAGUUCUUGAAUUUAA